AUGAGUCCUUCGGCGGACAAUGACGAUGACCCCAUGAUUGAGGAGGACGAAGAAGAUAAUGGGAUUUCCUUUUCGGAUCACAAAGAGAAUGGCAACAACGCGUACAAGAAGAAGGAGUACAAGGACGCCAUUGAGCAUUAUACCCUCGCCAUUGACGCUGCUACUGCUACCAAACCUGCCGUGGAACCCAGUCAGCUGGCUGCCGUCUACUCGAAUCGUGCCGCUGCCCGUACCAUGCUGCUAAUGUACGACAAGGCACUCGAAGAUUGCAAUGCGGCCAUUCAAGCCGAUGCCAAAUUUUUGAAGGCGCAUUGGCGCAAGGGCAAAAUAUUGACCACAUUGGGUCGCCUGGACGAAGCGGUACGAGCCUAUUCGAUGGGACUAGUCCACGAUCCCAAUGAUUCCAAGGCACUCAAAGAAAAGGAAGAUGUCAAGAAAUUACAGCAACGAUAUGAUCUUACCAAAGAAUUACUAGACAAGAGCACUGGCCCAAACGGCAAUAAGAAAAAUGCGCGACAAGCACUCAUGCAGGUGGAAGUCGUACUGGCCCAAGCACCCAAUUGGUACGAUGCGCAAUUGCUGCAAUUGCGAGCCAAAGUCGCCGUGGGAGGACCCAACAAUAUCGAUCAAGCGUAUGCACUUUCUACCAAAUUACUACGACGCAACGCGGAUGGAGGCAAUGCUUCGUCGGCGACGCUCUUGUAUGCUCGUGCCACCUGUCUCUUUUAUCAGGGACAACAGGAUGAUGCCAUGAAACACUUGAAACAAAUUCUAGCCGGAGAUCCCGACAAUAAAGAAGCAUUCGCCCUCGUCAAAUUGAUACGACAAUUGAAAAAACAAAAAGAAGCUGCCGACGAGGCAUACAAGGCACGCAAUUACGAAUCCGCCGUCGAAAAAUACACAAGCGCCAUUGAGACUUGUCCAUCGGCAAACGAGUCAUUCUUGUCCAAAUUACACUUUAAUCGAGCUGCUUGUCACAAUGCUCUACGAAAUCACAAAGACUGCGUCGCCGAUUGUACCGCCGCACUAAAGAUUAAUCCCGAGUACACCAAGGCAUUGUUGCGACGGGCCGCUUCCAAUCUGCUCAUUGGUGGCAAACCGGAAUGCGAACAAGCCAUUCGAGACUACGAAAAGGCAAUGGAUUUGGUGACCACCGAAGAAGAAGAACGCGACAUUCGCACCAAAUUACGAUCGGCCAAAAUUCAAGCCAAACGAGCUGGAAAAACCGACUUGUACAAGAUGCUCGGGGUCAAUCGGGAUGCCACGGAUAAUGAAAUCAAAAAGGCAUAUCGCAAACUCGCACUCAAAUUGCAUCCCGAUCGACAAACCAAUGCUACCGAAAAGGAAAAGGAAGAAGCCGAAGCCAAAUUUCGUCAAGUCAAUCUCGCGCACGAAAUUCUCAGUGAUCCGGCCAAACGACAACGAUACGAUGAAGGAGUCGAUGAGCAGGAUAUUGAUGAUCCUCAUGCUACGCCGGGAGGACAUCAUCAUGGACAUGGUGGUGGUGGUUUUGGUGGGAUGGAUCAAGAAAUGCUAUUUCAAAUGUUUAUGCAACAACAAAUGGGUGGUGGACGUGGAGGAGGCGGAGGAUUUCAUUUUGGUUAG